AUGAUGGAAACCACUUCAGGCGCCCCUGCACCAAAGAAGCGGUCUCUUUUCAAGCGAGCAGCCUGGCAAGAUGCUGCAAAGAAGGAGAGCGAGGACAUAUUUAGCCACUCCAACGAAUUCAAGGACAUAGUCGCAGAAGAGAACAGGCAGAAAGAGGAAGUCAAGAGAAAACAAGCUGAGGCGCAACGAAAAGCCGAAGAACAGCAAAAGCGCAAACAAGCUGAGACACAGGAGAAGAAGAGCAAGAGACGUAGAGUGUCGACAGACUAUAAUGAGCCUCUUUUGCCUCAAAGUGGCUCUGGGGGCUCUGGAAGGGUAACCAGAUCAGAAGACAGAGCACGAAGCAGGACUCCCCUCUCCCCCACAGCACCAGCAAUACCACCAAACUCUCUCGCGGCGCGGUACGAUACCCUUGCGAGAUCCACGUCGUCACGAGACUCGAAACCGCGACCUGUUAUUGUCGACUUGGGUGACUCGGACGACGAAGGCGACGGUUCCGACUACAAAUCGAAGUCUUUCGGGGACAAUUGGGACGAUGCACCGUACGGCGUCGACUCAAAGCAUGACAUGGCGGGACGUCCAUCAAAGGGUCUGCCCUUAGACGACGAUGGUUUGGAGGAGAUCCAAGAUCCAGAGAUCGCAGCCAUAGAAGUAAGGGCACGCGCUCGCGCUGCAGCGAAGAGAGCGGCAGCGGCAAGUGGGAGCAAAGCACCAGUUGCGCAGCUUUUCAUCGCCUCAGAACUGCCAGACACAGCGCCCCUGAUGGUCAAAGUGCGUAUAGACAGUACAAUCGAAAAACCUCGCGAGGCUUGGUGCGCGAGGCAGAAGUUCACGCCCGAGAUGACACGGAAUAUUUUCUUCACAUGGCGAGGGAUUCGAUUAUACGACAGCACCACCAUAAAACGCCUGGGCAUCAGAGUAGAUGAUCACGGAAACGUUUCCAUAGAAGGCGAUGAGUCGAACAUAUAUGACGAAACAAACUUACCCAAAGUACAUGUCGAGGCAUGGACGGACGAGACACUUGCACAGCACAAGCGAGAGCUUGCCGCAGAGGCUGAAGCGGCACGAAAAGCAGCAGAGCCAUACCCUGUUGUCGAGGAGCGCGAGCCUACACCUGAACCCACACCUGUAGCGCAAAAGUACCGCCUGUACCUGAAGGCGAAGGGAAUGGAAGACGUAAAGAUACAAGUGAAACCUGACACCACGUUCGAACAACUCGCAGAUGCGUUUAGAACAAAACGCAACAUACCAAAGACGCAGCCUGUGACGCUUAUGUUCGAUGGAGAGCGCUUGUCGCCAAUGGAUACUGUGCAGGAUACUGAGCUGGAAGACAUGGAUGCUGUUGACGUGAUGCUCAAAUGA